AUGGCCAGCGACACAACAGCGCGUGAACAGGCCCAUCUCCACACCUUGACGUUCUCUUCCGUCGUCAAGGGCGAGGCAGCUGCGCUCGCGACACUGGUCGAUGCAUGCGAGAAGGACGGCUUCUUCUACCUGGACCUCCGCGACUGGGACUCGGGCGACAUGCUCGCGAGCCUGCAGGCGGCCGGAGACCUGAUGAAGGAGUGGUUCAAGCAGCCGCUCGACAAGAAGCUGGCCACUGAGACCCUGUCUGACGCGCACGGGUACAAACCACCCGGCGUACAGUCUGGCGUCACCGAGAACGCCCGCGACGGCUUCGAAGCCCUGAGAAUCAGCCGAACCGGCAUGCUCAGCCGCCAGCACCUCCCCGACAUCGUGCAGGCGAACCUAGACGUCUUUGAAAAGUACCAGCUCUCAGCGCAUUACGUGCUCAGGACCCUGCUCGCCCGUCUCUCCGACGCCACCGGCCUGCAGGGCCACGAGCGCUACGAAGCGUACCACCCGGACCACCUCCCGUCCAAGUCGACCCUCUUCUUCCUCCACCACCCAAGGACCGAGGCGCUCCCCGACCAGACAGGCCGGGGCCACAACGCGCACACCGAUGUCGGCUCCUUCACGCUGCUCGUCACAGAGCAGCCCGGCCUGCAGGUGCUGUCCCCCGUCACGGGCCAGUGGGAGUACGUCGACGCCAAGCCGGGCUGCGCCAUUGUCAACGUCGCCGACACGCUGCGCUUCAUCUCCCAGCGGCGAUUCCGCUCCGCCAUGCACCGCGUGCUGCCCCCCGGGGGCAAGAUGGCGCAGGACCGGUACUCGACCGCCUACUUCCUUCGUGCCGGGGACGACGUCGUGCUCCAGGGCAUGGACGGCCGCCAGGUCACGGCCGGCGAGUGGUUCCUCAGCAAGUACGCGAGCUUUAACCAGACCAUAGAGGAGCAGCGCACCAAUUCGAUCGCGACGGGGGGCAUGGAGCGCGACCUCGGCGUUGCCAUCUAG